UAUUGGACUAUCAUUUAUUGUGACAUACAUACGAAGUCGUCUUUAGUUUAACCCUCCUCCCUCCACCGUAUAAAUCAAACUCUGUUGAUUCAAACCCCUUCCCUUCCCUUUUCGUUUUCCAGAUUUCCAAUUGGACCACUUCAAUAAUUGUUGAUGGAGCUGCCGGAGACCGAUUCUGUACCGUACGAAACCGCUGAAAACAUCAUUCUCCGGUGGGACGCUACCGCUUCCGAUGACGCUAGACUCCGUAUGAUCUUCGACGGCGACCGUCAAGAGAUCGAUCUAUACUUGCAGGCCGUCGAUCGAAUCCAGCUUUCCAUGGAGUCAACCACCCUAUCAGACGAUGAAGGACAGUCAAAGAAAGUCAACACCGCUAUUCAGAUUGCCAUGGCAAGACUUGAAGACGAGUUUCGCAACAUCCUCAUCCCUCACGCUACUCCAAUCGAGACCGACUCCUUAUCUGAGUCAACUCCCCGAUCCGCUAACUCCUUCACCGAGUUUUCCGUGCACAGCGAUUACAGCAACAGAGGUGAAGAAGAUGCACUCUCCAGAGACGGUUCUUCUUCGUUAUCCGAACAAGCUGAGAACAGUAGUAGAGCGAUUUCUAGCUACAGAUCUAUGAGCAGUAUUCGUGAACUAGAUCUGAUGCCAUCGGAUAGCAUAUACGAUCUGCGUUCAAUCGCCGAGCGUAUGAUCUCCGCCGGUUACUUCCGCGAGUGCGUUCAGGUGUACGGAAGCGUACGGAAAGCAGCGGUGGAUGGAAGCUUCCGGAAGCUCGGUGUCGAGAAGUUAAGCAUCGGAGAUAUCCAACGGCUGGAGUGGGAUGCUUUGAAUGCGAAGAUCGGGAAGUGGAUACGUGCAGCUAAAAUGUGCGUUAGGGUUUUGUUUGCAAGCGAGAAGAGACUCUGCGAGCAGAUAUUUCAAGGUUUAGGUUCAGCCGCUGAUGAAGCUUGUUUCAUGGAAACGGUUAAAGGCCCUGCGGUUCAGCUGUUUAACUUCGCGGAAGCGAUUAGCAUCAGCAGACGAGCUCCGGAGAAGCUGUUUAAGAUCUUGGAUUUACAUGACACAUUGGUGGAGUUGUUGCCUGAUAUUGAUGUUGUGUUUGAAGGGGCGUCAGCUGAAUCGAUUCGGGUUCAAGCAGCGGAGAUUAUUUCGCGGCUUGCAGAGGCUGCUAGAGGAAUGCUGAAUGAGUUUGAAAACGCUGUUCUUCGAGAACCUUCUAGAGUUCCAGUCCCUGGAGGAACCAUUCAUCCUUUGACUAGGUAUGUCAUGAACUACAUAAGCUUGAUUUCGGAUUACAAGCAGACUUUAGGUGAGUUGAUUGUGUCUAGACCUGUAACCGGUUCUAGAUACUCGGAUGAUGCGAGUACUCCUGAUAUGGAUUUUACUGAGCAUGAAGAGCAAUCACCAUUGGCUCUCCAUCUGAUAUGGAUAAUUGUGAUUUUGCAAUUCAAUUUAGAAGGUAAGUCCAAGCACUAUAAAGACACAUCCCUAGCUCAUGUGUUUGUCAUGAACAAUGUUCAUUACAUUGUUCAGAAGAUUAAGGGGUCACCAGAACUAAGAGAGAUGAUAGGAGAUACUUAUUUGAGGAAGCUCACGGCAAAGUUCAGGCAAGCUGCAACGAGCUACCAACGCGCAACAUGGGUAGGGGUGUUGUAUUGUUUAAGAGAUGAAGGAUUACACGUGAGUGGAAGCUUUUCUUCCGGGGUUUCAAAGAGUGCUUUGAGAGAACGAUUCAAGUCGUUUAAUGCCAUAUUUGACGAGGUUCAUAAAACACAAGCGUUAUGGCUGAUACCGGAUGCGCAACUUCGUGAAGAACUAAGGAUUUCAAUAUCGGAACUAUUGAUCCCAGCUUAUCGUUCGUUUCUAGGCAGAUUCAGGACUCAUAUAGAGAGUGGGAGGCACCCUGAAAACUAUAUCAAGUACUCUGUUGAAGAUCUAGAGACUGCACUCUUGGAUUUCUUUGAAGGGAAUGCUGUUUCACAGCAUUCAAGAAGAAGAUCACAGUGAUUAUGGGUUUAUUAUUAUAUUAUAGGACACCAUUCUUUGAUUUUAAUUUUUGGUUUUGGUCUCUGAUGAUGGAGGAAAGAGGGUAAGCAAGCAAUGUUGUUUUUUUAUCUUCUUUGUUUCACUUGUUUGUAUAAAGAAAAUCACUGUUUUCAUACCCACGAGCAGCUUAAUACGCUCCAUUACAAUGAAUACAUGUAACAUGCAAGUGUCACAUGUGUUGGAAUUUUCGUGAUAUUGCCUUUUCAAGGACAUGUUAACGUGGAAGACAUUUUCAGUGAAGUUCGGGCCGUUAGUUUUCUUUGGUAUAAACAUAGAGCUAAAAAUGGUUUGUUAGUU